AUGACUGAGCAAAGACACAUGUGUAUUGCAACAACGAUGUGUCCUAAAUGUCGAGAGUUAUUAUGUGAAGAAUGUUUAAUGAAAGGAAUAAAAGAAAAUGGAUGUUGUUAUAAAUGUAAGCAACCACUUACAUUAGAAGAGAUUAAAUUAAAAAGAAGAGGAUCUACUAUGAUUCAUACUACAGACUUUAGUAAUUCAGAUAAACUUCCACCAUUAAGUGCUAAAAUUGGGAAUAUACCAAAAGUUUCAUCUGCUAUUUCACCAUUAUUAUCACCAGGAAGAAGUUUAUCAUUUAGUUCUAAUGAUUCAUCAUUAGCAGCAAGUGAAGAUUCAUUUUUAUUAGAAUAUAAAAGUUCUGAAAAGAAAACAAAUUCAUCAAUUCCAAGUUCAAGUUAUGGUGAAAGUGUUGAAAGUCAAAAUUCAACAGGUAAAAGUUCAUGGUUUGAAAAUGAAAAAGAUUAUAGUCCUCAUAGUAAUGCAAAUAUGUUUGAUUUACCUACAACAGAUGAAUAUAUUACUUUUACUAAAGAAAGUGGUAGUAAUGCAAAAAUAAUUCAAUAUGCAACAUUAGAAAAAUGUCUUCAAUUUAUUACAUCAAAAAAUUGUGAAGAUAGUUAUUUUACACAAUGUUUUGUUUAUUCAUUUAAAUUAAUAACAACAACUACAAAAUUAUUAAAAUUAUUAAUUAUUUUAUUUAGUCCAAAUAAACCAAUUGAUAUGUUAUGGAAUGAUUUUAUUCAAAAUAUUAUUAUUCCAACACGUACACGUAUAUUAGCAUUAGUAAAAAUGUUAAUUCAAGUUUUUCCAAAUGACUUUAAAGAAGAACAAAAUCAAGAAGCAAUUAAUGAUCUUAUUCAACUUUAUACAACAUAUAACAAAUCAAUGGGUUUAAAUUUACAAAAAUCAUUUGACAAUAGAUUUGGUCUUAAAAUGGAAUGUGUUAUUUUAAAGAGAAAUGUUCCUCUUCUUCCGGUAGAUGAUAAAUUUAGUGGAAUUCUUUGUAUUUCACCAUUGGAUUUUGCAGAACAAAUGACUUUAAUUCAAAUGGAAUCAUUUGUUGCAAUUCCUUCUGAUGAAUUUUUAAAUCAAGGAUGGACAAAAAAGAAUAAAGAACAAUUAACACCACAUAUUGUUAAUAUGAUUAAAUUAUCUAAUAAAUUAAUUCAUAUUGUUCAAACAGAAAUUGUUAUGCAACCAACAUAUGCAUUAAGAAGUCUUGCAUUAUUUUAUUUUAUUACAGCAGCAGAAACAAUGAGAACAAUUCAAAAUUUUGAUGGAAUGAAAGCAAUUGUUACUGCAUUACAAUCUGUUUCAGUAUUUAGACUUAAAGUAUCAUGGGAAAUGCUUCAACAAAGUACAAAAAGUAUAUUUACAAAUUUAGUUCAUAUCUGUUCAGAAGAUAAUAAUUUUACUGAAUUAAGAAAAAUAAUGAAUAUUGCAAUACCACCAACAAUUCCAUUUAUUGGAAGUACAUUAACUGAUUUAAUUUAUACAAGUGAUGGUAAUAAAGCAUCAACAAAUAAUAAAUUUAAUUUUUAUAAAUUACGUGGAAUUGGUAAUUUAAUUAAAGAAAUUCAAAUGAAACAAAAAACUUCAUUUUCAUUUAAUAUUGCACCAAAUGUAAGAGAUUUUAUCAAUUCAAUUCAAGUAAUUUCUAAUGAAGACCAAUUAUUUAAUUUAUCUCAAAAACAUGAACCAAAAGUUACUGAAAAAUUUAUAGAUUUAACAAAAAAACCUUAUAAACAUGAUGCUAAAGAAGCUAAAGAACUUCUUAAAUCAUAUCUUAAACGAAUAAAACAAUUAAGAUAG